GGGGCGGUGCUGCGGUUGCGGUCCUUGCGCCCGCGGCUGUGGCGGAGGCGCUGGCGGCGGCGAGUGGAUAUCUCUGGAACAUUUGGAUAAUGUAAUAUUUGGGAUGCAGUGAUGUCGACUCUUUGUCCACCACCUUCUCCAGCUGUUGCCAAGACCGAGAUUGCUUUAAGUGGUGAAUCACCUUUACUAGCAGCUACCUUUGCUUACUGGGACAACAUUCUUGGUCCUAGAGUAAGGCACAUUUGGGCCCCAAAGACAGACCAGGUACUUCUCAGCGAUGGAGAAAUAACUUUCCUUGCCAACCACACCCUAAAUGGAGAAAUUCUUCGAAAUGCAGAGAGUGGGGCUAUAGAUGUAAAGUUUUUUGUCUUAUCUGAAAAAGGAGUAAUUAUUGUUUCAUUAAUCUUUGAUGGAAACUGGAAUGGAGAUCGAAGUACUUAUGGACUAUCAAUUAUACUUCCACAGACAGAGCUUAGUUUCUACCUCCCACUCCACAGAGUGUGUGUUGAUAGAUUAACACAUAUUAUUCGGAAAGGAAGGAUAUGGAUGCAUAAGGAAAGGCAAGAAAACAUCCAGAAGAUUGUCUUAGAAGGCACAGAGAGAAUGGAAGAUCAGGGUCAAAGUAUUAUUCCAAUGCUUACUGGGGAAGUCAUUCCUGUAAUGGAACUGCUUUCAUCUAUGAAAUCUCACAGUGUUCCUGAAGAAAUAGAUAUAGCUGAUACAGUACUCAAUGAUGAUGAUAUUGGUGACAGUUGUCAUGAAGGCUUUCUUCUCAAUGCCAUCAGUUCACACUUGCAAACCUGUGGCUGCUCUGUCGUAGUAGGCAGCAGUGCAGAGAAAGUAAAUAAGAUAGUGAGAACAUUAUGCCUUUUUCUGACUCCAGCCGAGAGAAAAUGCUCCAGAUUAUGUGAAGCAGAAUCAUCAUUUAAAUAUGAGUCAGGUCUCUUUGUACAAGGCCUGCUUAAGGAUUCAACUGGAAGCUUUGUACUGCCCUUCCGACAAGUCAUGUAUGCGCCAUAUCCCACCACACAUAUUGAUGUGGAUGUCAACACUGUGAAGCAGAUGCCACCCUGUCAUGAACACAUUUAUAAUCAGCGUAGAUACAUGAGAUCGGAACUGACGGCAUUCUGGAGAGCUACUUCAGAAGAAGACAUGGCACAGGAUACCAUCAUCUACACAGACGAGAGCUUCACUCCUGAUUUGAAUAUUUUCCAGGAUGUCUUACACAGAGACACUCUAGUAAAAGCCUUCCUGGAUCAGAAUGCAGAAUUUGAGUGUAUCAAAAUGGAAAAAAUAGGAAAUUCAAAAAACUCAGAUUGCUUUCAGACCAGUGCUGCCACUCCUGUCUGUUGGAGGGCAUCAGUGGAAAUGGCUCUAAUAUGCAUUCUCUGCCAGGUCUUUCAUUUGAAACCUGGUUUAUCUCUCAGGAGUACUUUCCUUGCACAGUUUCUGCUUGUCCUUCACAGAAAAGCCUUGACACUAAUAAAAUACAUAGAAGAUGAUACGCAAAAGGGGAAAAAGCCCUUUAAAUCUCUUCGGAACCUGAAGAUAGACCUUGAUUUAACAGCAGAGGGCGAUCUUAACAUAAUAAUGGCUCUAGCUGAGAAAAUUAAACCAGGCCUACAUUCUUUUAUCUUUGGAAGACCUUUCUACACUAGUGUACAAGAACGAGAUGUUCUAAUGACUUUUUAAAGGUGUGAUUUAUUAAGUAUAUUUCAUCAUAAUCACAAUUGCUGUUGAAGUAGUUUCAUGGUGUGGGAAGCAUCAUUCCCCCAGGUUUAUACCUCUAGAGUCCUACUCAGCAUUGCAGUUAAAGUUAGUUACACUACAGUUGCCACAAAAGGUCUGUAGGGGCUGUCAGGUGCAUCAUUACAUUGAAUGUCUCUCUUCCUAGAUGUUCUCUCUUCUGUUUACAAUUAUAAUAAAUAUUAUUGCUGUCUUUUAAAGAUAUUAAAAUAGUACAUAAAUUUGACCACAACUACUGUUUUUCUUUUAAACUUAUGAUUCAUGGUUUACAUGUAUCAAAGUAAAAUCUGAGUUAGCUUUUGCAAAUAUAGUAAUUGACUUUACAUUGUUUAGUGUUUGUUGGUAUGUAGGAUUUCUUGUAAGCCUUUUGCAAUCAUCCGCAAAUUUAGAGCAUUUAAAUUUUUCAGUUCCACAGAAAGGAAAUUAGCUCAAAUAUAGGUUUUUAGGAAGAAGAUAUUGAUCAAUAAUCAGUAACUACUGAAAUUAAUUAUUAGAUCGUACUUUGUAGUAAGUAGUCCUUAGAUUCAGUCCAUAUAAAAAUGUCAAGCACUUAUGUGCAAUCCCUGAUUAUGGUAAACUCAGUAUGGUUUUUGUUUGUUUAUUGUUGUUGUCAAUAUCCUAUACGGUUGAGCUCUGUCCACGAAAAUAUAGGAACUGAAUUGUUUUAGUGGUUGUUGCCAACUUUUAAAUUAAUUUUCAUUAUUUUCAAGCCAAAUAGAAAUGUGCACCUCCUGUGCCUUUUUUCCCCCUCUUGGAAAAUAUAAUUACUUGGAAAAAGUUCAGAUUCUACUAGUCAGUCAUUUCCAUUAUAUUUCCCUCCUACAGAGCCUACCAUGUACCUGGUUUGCAGUCAUGAUGACUCCAGGUUGGUUAGAGAAUGCACUAACUAAUAAGAUCUUUUGAGAACAGAAAACAGUUUUUUGUCGUCUUCCUCCUUUUAUUUCUGCCCACAUUUUUGAAGUUGUUGCCUUGCUGCUUGAAUCACAUAAGGGCAGUGGGAGAAACUUCACUGAAGUGAUAUUUUUCUAGGUGCUACUUUGUCAGAACUAAGUGGUCUAUUUCUUUACUUUCUUUAAUGUGUUUAGCUAUAAAAUAAUUUUAAUAUAAUUCUGUUCUAGAAAAGUGUUAACAUAUGAGUAUGUUAAACACAACAUUAUUUUAUUUAAAACUGGAAAUGAUUCGAAAGGGAAAAUAUAUUUAGAUGACAGGUAUAAAAUUGAUAGAGCUUUUCUGCUCCCACUUACAAAAUUUAAUGAAAAAGGUAUAUUCUAUUCUGAAAGGUCAUAAUAGCUUUUGCAUGAUGAGUCAGAAAGAGGUAGACAUCUUAUACACUGAACAAGAUGGAUAUACUACAUGUAGCUCUGUCACGAUAAUUUUUGUAGAUACCAUCUUUUAGUGUCCCAUGUGUACUCAAUGCUUUUAUAUGGUAGAUUCCUGUUUAAAUACUGACUUAUUUUCUUUUGCUGGUUUAUUAUAUUGUUGUGUAGAAUGUAAGAUGUACAGUGAAAUAAGUUAUUAAAGCAUGUGUAAACAUUGUUAUGUAUCUCUUCUCCUAGUUGGAGAGUUUUGAAUAAAAUAUCUUUGAAAUUUU